CGGCCCUCGGGGCUCCGGCCUGAGGUGGGAAGGGGUUCCGGAGCUGCAGGGACGCAAGAUGACUUCUCUGCUCCAAGAUUGGAACAGCUGAAGGAAACCAAAGGACAAGAUGAGAACAACAAAGGUCUACAAACUGGUCAUCCACAAGAAGGGCUUUGGAGGCAGUGAUGAUGAGCUAGUUGUGAACCCCAAAGUGUUUCCUCACAUCAAGCUUGGAGACAUUGUGGAGAUUGCUCACCCCAACGAUGAAUACAGCCCUUUGCUUUUGCAAGUCAAGUCACUUAAGGAGGAUUUACAAAAAGAAACUAUCAGUGUGGACCAGACUGUGACUCAAGUGUUCCGGCUAAGACCUUAUCAAGAUGUAUACGUGAAUGUUGUAGACCCUAAAGAUGUGACCCUUGACCUAGUGGAAUUAACUUUUAAGGAUCAAUACAUUGGCCGAGGGGAUAUGUGGCGACUAAAGAAAAGUUUGGUCAGCACAUGUGCCUAUAUCACCCAGAAGGUGGAAUUUGCUGGCAUCAGGGCACAAGCUGGUGAGCUGUGGGUCAAGAAUGAGAAGGUCAUGUGUGGUUAUAUCAGUGAAGAUACCAGGGUGGUGUUCCGUUCUACGUCAGCUAUGGUUUACAUAUUUAUUCAGAUGAGCUGUGAAAUGUGGGAUUUUGAUAUUUAUGGGGAUCUGUAUUUUGAGAAAGCUGUGAAUGGUUUCCUUGCUGAUCUAUUUACCAAGUGGAAGGAGAAGAACUGCAGUCAUGAAGUGACAGUGGUUCUGUUUUCUAGAACUUUCUAUGAUGCAAAAUCUAUUGAUGAAUUUCCUGAAAUAAAUCAAGCCUCAAUUCGACAGGAUCACAAAGGGCGAUUCUAUGAAGACUUUUACAAAGUGGUUGUGCAGAAUGAGAGAAGAGAAGAAUGGACUUCACUUCUAGUGACCAUUAAAAAGCUCUUCAUCCAGUAUCCAGUUUUGGUGCGACUGGAACAGGCAGAGGGCUUUCCUCAAGGAGAUAAUUCUACCUCAGCACAAGGAAACUACCUAGAGGCCAUCAAUCUGUCAUUCAAUGUGUUUGACAAGCACUAUAUCAACCGCAACUUUGACCGGACUGGGCAGAUGUCUGUGGUGAUCACGCCUGGGGUGGGUGUCUUUGAAGUGGACCGCCUACUCAUGAUUUUGACCAAGCAACGGAUGAUAGAUAAUGGAAUUGGUGUAGACUUGGUGUGCAUGGGAGAGCAACCCUUACAUGCUGUCCCAUUGUUCAAGCUACACAAUCGGAGUGCUCCUCGAGAUUCUCGGCUGGGUGAUGACUAUAAUAUUCCUCAUUGGAUAAACCACAGUUUCUACACAUCCAAAAGCCAGCUUUUUUGUAACAGUUUCACCCCACGAAUUAAACUGGCCGGAAAGAAGCCUGCCUCUGAAAAAGCAAAAAAUGGACGUGAUACAUCUCUUGGGACUCCAAAAGAAUCUGAGAAUGCCCUUCCAAUCCAAGUAGAUUAUGAUGCCUACGAUGCUCAAGUGUUCAGGCUGCCUGGCCCAUCCCGGGCUCAGCGCCUCGCCACCUGCAGGUCUGUGCGGGAGCGGGAGAAUCACAAUCGCAAGAGUGCCAGCUCUUGUGAUGUCUCAUCCAGUCCUUCCCUUCCGAGCCGUGCACUACCCACUGAGGAAGUAAGAAGCCAGGCUUCUGACGACAGCUCCCUGGGCAAAAGUGCCAACAUCCUGAUGAUCCCACAUCCCCACCUGCACCAGUAUGAAGUCAGCAGCUCCUUGGGCUACACCAGCACUCGAGAUGUCCUGGAGAACAUGAUGGAGCCACCACAGCGAGACUCCAGUGCACCAGGGAGGUUUCAUGUAGGCAGUGCAGAGUCCAUGCUACAUGUUCGACCUGGUGGAUACACACCCCAGAGAGCUCUGAUUAACCCCUUUGCCCCCUCACGGAUGCCUAUGAAGCUCACGUCCAAUAGAAGACGUUGGAUGCACACUUUUCCUGUGGGACCAUCUGGAGAGGCCAUUCAGAUCCAUCAUCAGACCCGGCAGAAUAUGGCGGAGCUGCAGGGCAGUGGGCAGAGGGAUCCAACUCACUCCUCUGCAGAGCUGUUGGAGUUAGCAUAUCAUGAAGCAGCUGGAAGGCACAGCACUUCCCGCCAGCCUGGUGACAGCUUGUCCUUCUUGAACUUCAGUGGAACAGAAGAACUUUCUGUCAGCCUGCUUAGCAACAGUGGUGCAGGUACGAAUCCUAGGAUUCAGAAUAAGGAUUCUCUAGAGGACAAUGUUUCUACCUCUCCAGACCCAAUGCCAGGCUUCUGUUGCACAGUUGGAGUGGACUGGAAGUCUCUCACUACUCCGGCAUGCCUCCCCCUCACCACCGACUACUUCCCCGACCGCCAGGGCCUGCAGAAUGACUAUACGGAAGGCUGCUAUGAUCUCCUGCCGGAAGCAGACAUGGACAGGAGGGAUGAAGAUGGUGUGCAGAUGACAGCCCAACAGGUGUUUGAAGAGUUCAUUUGCCAGCGCCUCAUGCAGGGUUACCAAAUCAUAGUGCAGCCCAAGGCACAGAAACCCAACCCCGCUGUUCCACCCCCAUUGAGCAGUAGCCCACUCUAUAGUCGAGGCCUUGUGUCCCGAAAUCGCCCUGAGGAGGAGGACCAGUAUUGGUUGAGUAUGGGCAGAACUUUCCACAAAGUGACACUGAAGGACAAGAUGAUCACAGUAACUCGAUACCUUCCCAAGUAUCCUUAUGAAUCUGCCCAGAUCCACUAUACCUACAGCCUGUGUCCUUCACACUCAGACUCAGAGUUUGUUUCCUGUUGGGUGGAAUUCUCUCAUGAGCGGCUAGAGGAGUACAAGUGGAAUUACUUAGAUCAGUAUAUUUGUUCUGCGGGCUCUGAGGAUUUCAGCUUAAUUGAAUCUCUGAAGUUCUGGAGGACCCGCUUCCUGCUUUUGCCAGCCUGUGUCACUGCCACCAAGCGCAUCACAGAGGGGGAGGUCCACUGUGACAUCUAUGGGGAUAGACCCCGUGCUGAUGAGGAUGAGUGGCAGCUCCUGGAUGGCUUUAUCCGCUUUGUGGAGGGUUUGAACCGGAUCCGCAGGCGGCAUCGCUCAGAUCGCAUGAUGCGGAAAGGAACUGCCAUGAAAGGCUUGCAGAUGACUGGGCCCAUUUCCACACACUCCCUUGAGUCUACAGGUCCCACUGCUGGGAAGAAAACCUCAGCUCUGUCUGCCCUGCUAGAGAUGGAGGCCAGUCAGAAGUGUCUGGGAGAACAGCAGGCAGCUCUGCACAGUGGAAAAAGCUCUACCCAAUCAGCUGAGAGCAGCAGUGUUGCAAUGACUCCCACCUAUGUGGACAGCCCACGAAAGGAUGGGGCCUUCUUUAUGGAGUUUGUCCGCAGUCCACGCACAGCAUCAUCUGCCUUCUACCCUCAGGUAUCUCUGGAACAAACUGUCAUUCCGGUGUUGGAUAACACCAGUUUGGGGGUAAGCACAGGUCAAUCUGUGGACAGAGGCAACAGCCAGACCUUUGGGAACGCUCAGAACAUAGGAGAACAGGCCUUUCCAUCUGCAAACUCUAGUGACAGCAGUUCUCAGCAGCAGGCAGCAAGCUCCUUGACAUCAUCUUCCACCCUGGCAGAGAUCCUGGAAGCCAUGAAGCACCCCUCGACAGGAGUUCAGUUGCUCUCUGAACAGAAGGGUCUCUCGCCAUGCUGCUUUAUCAGUGCUGAGGUAGUGCACUGGCUGAUGAACAAUGUGGAUGGGGUCCAGACGCAGGCAAUGGCCAUUGACAUCAUGCAGAAAAUGCUGGAAGAACAGCUCAUCAUGCAUGCAUCUGGUGAAGCCUGGCGGACCUUCAUCUACGGUUUCUAUUUCUACAAGAUAGUAAUGGACAAAGAGCCCGACCGAGUGGCCAUGCAGCAACCCACUGCCACCUGGCACACUGUAGGCGUGGAUGACUUUGCCAGUUUCCAGCGCAAGUGGUUUGAGGUUGCCUUUGUGGCAGAAGAGCUCUUGCACUCUGAGAUUCCUGCCUUUCUCCUACCCUGGCUGCCCAGCCGGCCAGCCUCCUAUGCUAGCAGGCAUAGCUCCUUUAGCCGCAGUUUUGGAGGACGGAGCCAGGCAGCUGCACUUUUAGCUGCCACUGUCCCAGAGCAGAGGACUGUGACCCUGGAUGUUGACGUGAACAACCGUACAGACCGGCUGGAGUGGUGCAGCUGUUACUACCAUGGUAACUUCUCCUUGAAUGCAGCCUUUGAGAUCAAGCUACACUGGAUGGCAGUGACUGCUGCUGUGCUGUUUGAGAUGGUCCAAGGUUGGCAUCGAAAAGCUACCUCCUGUGGCUUUUUGUUGGUACCAGUAUUGGAGGGUCCUUUUGCACUUCCCAGCUACUUGUAUGGCGAUCCCCUGCGAGCCCAGCUCUUCAUCCCGCUCAAUAUCAGCUGCUUACUCAAGGAGGGCAGUGAACACCUGUUUGAUAGCUUUGAACCAGAAACAUAUUGGGAUCGAAUGCAUCUUUUUCAGGAAGCCAUUGCACACAGGUUUGGAUUUGUACAAGAUAAAUAUUCUGCCUCUGCAUUUAACUUCCCUGCUGAGAACAAGCCUCAGUAUAUCCAUGUUACAGGAACAGUGUUUCUGCAGCUGCCCUACUCCAAGCGCAAGUUCUCAGGGCAGCAGAGGCGGCGGCGGAACUCCACCAGCUCCACCAACCAAAACAUGUUCUGUGAGGAACGGGUUGGCUAUAACUGGGCCUAUAACACCAUGCUUACCAAGACUUGGCGCUCUAGUGCCACAGGGGAUGAGAAAUUUGCAGAUAGGCUGCUGAAAGACUUCACAGAUUUCUGCAUCAACCGUGACAACCGACUGGUUAUGUUCUGGACGAGUUGCCUGGAGAAGAUGCAUGCCAGCGCCCCAUGAAGCCAGGCCAUACAGGGCUCAGAAGGCUAUGCACAUGCUGGGGGCCAAGGGUUCAGGUCAGGCUCUGGGUGUCAGGUGUCAGUUUGCCUCUGCUGGUGUGUAGGGGCCCUAACUUUUUUGGGCUCCCACAAGUAUUCUAUUCUAGAGAAGAAAGACUUGGGCAGUAGCUGCUACUGUCACCACCACCCAGCUCCCAUCAAUAAGUGCCCAAAGCAGGUGGGAGGCACAGAUUGUCCAUGGGAGGGCUUUAGUAUCUGGCAAAGGGGGCAAACAGUCCCUAUGAAUGUCUUUGGAGAAGGGGUGUUCCUGUUAGUAUCAUUUUCCUCCACCAUCCAUGGACAAUUGGAACAGAAUCUGCUGCUUCCUGCCCAGGAGUAUGCACUGUGUGUAAGAGAAUUCUGUGAAAUAAUGUACCAUAGACUCAAGCCAACUAUAUAUACCUGUACAUACCCGAAGGAAAUAAAGCUCCAUGUGCAGCAUCUC